GUUGCCGAGGAGCGUUGGGGGCGGCGGCGGGGGGGGGGUCCUCUCUCCGUUCUCCUCUUCGUCGUCUUGUCGUGGACUCGAGGAUGCCCUCCCUGUCGGAACAGCUGCAGGAGGCACGCAGUCAGGCGGAAGUGUGUUUGUACUCUGGUGGCAGGGUGCUGGAAGCGCGGGCCGCUGUGACGGCUAUGGCUCGUCUCCCUUUGCCGCCGUGCUCCAAAUACCACCACGUUUCUGCGGAAACCAUGGUGAUAGAAAACAGCUUUGGCAGCGACAGAAAAGAGACACUUGCAUCAUUGCAGCGCUUAUCUACAGCUCUGAACAUUCUGGAAAAGUACGGGUGUAACCUAACAAAUCCCAACAGACCCAAGUAUUGGAGAACUGUCAAGCACAACAAUCCAGUGUUCAGGGCCACAGUUGAUGCUAUCCAGGGAGGAAGGGCAGUGCUUUGUCUCUAUGGCUACUCCAGUCAGAAGCCAGAUGGGCUCAGCUUCCCCGAUGACGUCAGCGAUCCUGACGUUGGCAAAGUUGCUGCAGUAACUUUGGAGGUGAUGAGCCUGAGGAUGGAGCUAGAAAUGCUUAUCAAGGAGACUCAUCCUCAUCCAGAAUUCUAUGAGAGAAUCAUUGCUACCCUAAGACACAAGGAUGUGGGCCUGAAUACAGAUGCUGUGGUCAGCCGUUCAUCUUUCAGCUGUAGUAAAAAUCAUUCAGACAGUCAGUCCAAGUCACUCGCCUUCCCACUCCAUCACCAUUCCAUGAGGGAGAGCGGCCAUGCUGGCUCACUCUCUUCCAACCGUCAAAGUCUCAAGCCCGUUCAGGUCAUGUUACCACCCUUCAAGAAACACCCAGAGAACUGCACUAUCUGUGGAAUAUUUCGCAUCACUGUCCACUGCCUGAGUUGCCUCCAAGGGAUGUGUUUAGAAUGUGACAGACUGUACCAUUCCUACCCCGAAAGGGCCAAGCACCGUCGAACAGCUGUCACAUCCUCGACUUCUUCCACCCCAACUUCUAAAAGCGGGAAUAGUAAAAGUUCUUCCACCUGGCAUUGCCUUCACUGCACAAAAGUCAACUCAUCCCAGGAUGUGCUGUGCGAGGGUUGUGAGUGCCCUCACUAUGAAUCACUCAGCUCUGCUGGAGAUGAUUCUCCACCAGCUACCAUCACAGAUUGGCAGUGUAAGAGCUGUACAGUGGUCAAUGCAGCCAGCAGCAUUCUAUGUGAGGUGUGCGAAAGACCUCGUUUGGCUACGCGACCUCCGGUUACCCCUUCACACCCUCCUAUCACCCCACCCAGACCACCAGCACCUGUACUGGGGAUGCCAGGGGACCCUGACAGCCAGUGGGUGUGUCAGUUCUGUACAUAUCUCAACUACUCACCUGCCACAGUGUGUGAGAUGUGUGACCUAGCCCGUCCAGAGCCUGCACCUCUGCCAUCAAAACUCCGCCCUCCCUUCCCAGUCAGACGAGUCCCUGCUCUGCCAGUCAAACCCAAAGAACUGACCCAAGAAGACCCAAAUUCCUGUAGGCAGCGGCGAAUGAAGGAGGAUGGGCUGAAGCUAAUACAGCUGAUUCGAGAUGGGGAGAAGAAUGGCAUCAGCCCAGAAGAGGUGUACACAUGCAUGAAGGUUGCGAGAGAUACCAACAUUCUGCCUUGCCAAUGGUUGAAGUCAGAGCUGGCUCAGCAAUUGGACAAGAUCAGCCUGUUGUCAGCAAUGUUCUCCCAUCAGUCUAUCAGGUCUUGUGAGGCCUCCGCUGAGGGUUCUGGAAAAGUGAUUGUUGCCGUCCAGCUUUCCAGAGCAGAAGCCAAACAGUCCUGGCUGACAGCAGGAGGCGACUCGGAGAAGGCUGCCAGACAAGCGCUGCAGGACAGACUCGCCAAAGUAAAGAUGCUGUGCUCGUUGGGCUUUACGGAUGAGGCUCAUUGUCAUGAGGUUUUGCGGCAAAGUGGGGGCGGGGUCAGAGGGGCGCUGGCUUUUCUGCAGCGCCCCCUUCUGGAACCCUUCCAUGAACGUAUUUGGAGUGAUAACCCCGAGCCAGCAGUUGACAUCCAUCACCCCGACAAACAGCGUGUCUGUCGGAGGUUACUAGCAGUAUAUGAUCUACCCAGCUGGGGCCGCUGUGAGCUAGCGCUCUCCCUCCUUCAGGAGCACAAUGCCCCCUACUCCCUGGAGGAUGUAGUACAGGCCGUACAAGAGUCUCAUGACAGGGAGUUCAUCAAACGAGUCCUGGCCAAAGAAUGUCCCAUCUGCCUUUCUGUCUUUCCCCAUAGUAAGAUGCAGUCCCUGACAUCGUGCCAGUGUUCCGUGUGUUGUGGUUGUUUCCAGCAGCAUUUCACCAUCGCUGUCAGGGACAAACACAUCAGAGACAUGGUGUGUCCAGUCUGCUGGGAACCUGACAUCAAUGACCCUGAGGACCUCAACAGCUACUUCUCCACCUUGGACAUCCAGCUGAGAGAAUGCCUGGAACCCGAAGUAUAUGAGCUCUUCCACAAGAAGCUGACAGAGCAGGCCCUAAUCAAGGACCCAAAGUUCCUGUGGUGCUGCCAUUGUUCGUAUGGGUUCAUCUAUGAUGGAGACCAGCUUAAAGUCACCUGUUUUCAAUGUCACAACAGUUUUUGUGCCCAGUGCAAAAAGCCUUGGGAAUCUCAGCAUGCUGGUUUAUCCUGUGAGCAAUACCAGUCCUGGAAGAGGGAAAAUGAUCCAGAGUAUCAGAAACAGGGCCUGGCUGGCUACUUACGAGACAACGGCAUUACCUGUCCUAACUGUCGGUUCCAGUAUGCGCUUUCUAAAGGGGGCUGCUUGCACUUCUGCUGCUCUCAGUGUCGUUACCAGUUCUGCAGUGGUUGCAACAACCCGUUCCAUACGACCUGCGCUGUGGAUGAAUGCACUGUAUCCGGACUCCAUGCCCAUCACCCCAGGGACUGUCUAUUCUAUUUGAGAGACUGGGAACCUUCUCGACUUCAGGCCUUAUUGGAGAACAAUGGUGUUGCAUACAAUACUGACCCCCCUCCCGGAACACAGACAGGACUGUGCGGAGUGAUUGAGCAGAAGGAUGAUGGAGGCCAGCAGCCUGACUCGGCUUGUGGAGCGCUGACCCAAACUGGACAUGCUGGACUCUGCGAAAAGCAUUAUAGAGAGUACCUGGUCAGCUUGAUCAACAGCUACUCCAUUGACCCGGCCCGCCUCUACAGCUCCAAUGAACUGCUGCUGGCCUGCAGGAGGUACAAGGUGGAUGACACCCACAGGGAUGGAGAGGAUGGAUUCAUCUACUACAGCAGACUGCUGGAGAAACUAAUGGAUGAAGUCCCGCUGGGUGACAAGGUCCCACGCAAGAAAUAAGUGCCCAAGUCCGUCGCGCUUACAUCCAACUCAUGACACAUUCUUUCAGGUUUUCACGUGUUCUCAUCCCAGCUUUGUGCGAUUCAGUCAGCGGAACAAUGAAAGUGUCAUUUUCAUAUUAGCUGAGAGGAUGCCAAAUAUUUUCGGGGAAGAAACAUUCGCCGGUGUCCUUGCAAUCUCCAAAAACAUCACAUUUCAGGAAACUGCAAAAAAAAAAAAAAGGGGGGGGGGGCAUGUUUCUUGAC